AGCAGGACAUUUUCAAUUUUACUGGGUGGUUUAAUGACUCACUAGAGACAGUACCUAGCAGAAUAUAUAUGCUGCUCACUGCAGUUGCAAGACAUUGUCCUCGACCAAACUGCACUGUAGCUUUCAUUAUAACCACUGCAAAAAAAAUUGCUUGCUGAAACGAAAUGGAUUGGACAGAGCCGAUUCCAGCAUUGUUCCUCUUUAUCCUUAUGAUUUACUUUGUUUUGAAACUGGGCACUAUCUGGAACAAGAGCUCCCAAAAUCUUCCACCAGGUCCAAGGCCUUUACCUCUCAUUGGGAAUCUCCACAUCAUGGAUCUGAAGAGGCCUCACAGAACCAUGUUAAAGUUGUCAAAGCAAUAUGGCCCCAUCUUCAGCAUCCAAAUGGGACCCCGAAAAACUGUGGUGUUGGCAGGAUAUGAGACAGUAAAGGAGGCGCUGGUUAAUCAGGCGGACGCAUUUGCAGACAGGCCCAUCGUUCCAUUAUUUCAAGGGCUUGCACAAGACUUCGGUAUAGUUCUGUCUAAUGGUGAGAACUGGAAAGUGAUGCGGCGGUUUGCUGUAAGCACAUUACGGGACUACGGAAUGGGAAAGAGGUCCAUCGAGGAUAGAAUUGUUGAGGAAUGCAGUGUCCUGAUAAAGAAAUUUGAAUCUUACGAAGGAAACCCGAUUGAGACCACCACAAUUAUGAAUGCAGCUGUUGCCAAUAUUAUAGUGGCCAUACUACUAGGCAAGCGAUUUGAUUAUGAAGAUCCCACAUACAUAAGACUUCUGAAGUUGACCAAUGAAAAUGCCCAACUUUUUGGAACCUUCUCAGUCACGCUGUAUAACAUGUUUCCUGCUCUUGGCUUUCUUUUGGGGGCUCCUAAGACUUUCAUUCAAAACAGAGAAGAGCUGUUUGCCUUCAUAAAUGCCACCUUCAUAAAACACCUCAGAGAUCUGGAUGAAAAUGACCAGAGGAGCUUUAUUGACUCAUUUCUUAUCCAACAGCAAGAGGAGGAGAAGAAGAACAAGACGAAUGGAUACUUCCACAACGAAAACUUAAAAACUGUUGUGGCCAACUUAAUAACUGCUGGCAUGGAGACCACUUCUACCACACUGCGCUGGGGACUGUUGCUAAUGAUGAAAUAUCCUGAAAUUCAGAUAAAGGUCCAAGAAGAAAUUGCAAAGGUUGUUGGAUCUUCUCAGCCAAGGAUUGAACACCGAAGAAAAAUGCCUUAUACAGAUGCCGUGGUCCAUGAGAUCCAGAGGAUUGCCAAUAUUAACCCAACCAACCUGCCACAUGCCACGGCUACAGAUGUUACCCUUAAUGGCUACUUCAUUCCAAAGGGGACAUACAUCAUAACAUUGCUGUCCUCUGUGCUGCAUGAUGAAUCUCAGUGGGAGAAACCAUAUAAAUUCUAUCCUGAGCAUUUUCUCAACUCUGAAGGAAAAUUCAUAAAGAGAGAUGCUUUCAUGCCUUUCUCUGCAGGUCGGAGAGCAUGUAUAGGUGAGACUCUUGCCAAAAUGGAGCUCUUCCUCUUCUUCACAAGUCUCCUGCAGAGAUUCACCUUCCAGCCACCCCCUGGAACAUCUCAAGAAGACCUGGAUCUUACUCCUGCUGUUGGGGUUAUAACACCUCCCAUGCCCCACCAGCUCUGCGCUCUACCACGUUCCUAAGGUUCACAAGCUCCUGGCUUGCUUAGCCUACCUGCGUGUGCAAUGCAAGCCUUUUUUUAAACACCCCUAUUCAACAGGGGUGUUUUGAUUGAGUAGCCUAGUGGUGGAAUUGGUGCAUGCUUUGUCACAAACCUGAAGUGUUCCCCUUUACCUGCCAUACAGCCGAAUCCCGUGAAACUAGCAUUGGAGCAUCUCUUACUUAAAACCUGGCCCUGAGUUCUUAUGACACUUGAGGCAUAGAGAUCAAUCAGCAAAGCUGGUUUCAUGUAUUCCCAUGUUAAGGUAUACCUUCAAAUAUCUUGAAGCAUCAUAUUCCCAGGUAGAUGUGCAGAGAAUUGUGACCAAGACAAUAAAGAGUCUGGAAGCCAUGCCUUAUGCUGAAGUUGAGGAAGUUGGGUAUAUUAGCUUCUAUGGCUCCAAUGUAGUCAAGUCAAGUAACCUUUAUUGGCAUUACAUAAGAACAUUCAGAAUACAUUCAGAAUAGAUAGGCCAGUGCGAUCUCGCCGCCACCCCAAUGGCACAGUCACCCGCCAAAGGGCAGAAGAGGUGAGCAAUCCACCUCAUCUCUGUGGGUUUCCAGCAAGGGCAGGAUCCUGUAGCAUACUUCCGCAACAAAAAAUCAAAUAGAGGAACUUAGCUACUGU